UUUACUCCCUCAAAAUUCUAUUAAGCUGUUUAAUCUUCUCCUCUCUCUCUGAGACGCUAUGGCAUCAGGAUCAGUUUAGAUAGAGAGAGAGAGAGAGAGAGAGAGAGAGAGAGAUAAUAAAGAGAGACACUUCUUUUUUUUUUUCUCCUGAAAAAUAAAUUUUCUUUUGCUUCAAGUUUAGGGUUUCCUUUAUUUCUUUGAUCGACCGAAAUUGCAGAGAAAAAACCGAUAUGAUAGACUUCAGUCGCGUGCAAAAGGAGUUGCAGGAAUGCAGCAAAGACAUCGAGGCCUCCGGCAUCAAAGUCACCCCAAAGUCCGACAAUCUCUCUCGGUUAAUCGGAACUAUUCCCGGCCCCAUGGGCACUCCCUACGAGGGCGGCAGUUUUCAAAUCGAUAUCUCAUUGCCAGAUGGAUAUCCUUUUGAGCCUCCCAAAAUGCAGUUUGCAACUAAAGUUUGGCACCCCAAUAUCAGCAGCCAAAGUGGGGCCAUAUGCUUGGAUAUCUUGAAAGACCAGUGGAGCCCCGCCCUUACCCUGAAAACAGCUCUUCUUUCUGUCCAAGCACUACUUUCUGCUCCACAACCUGAUGACCCUCAAGAUGCUGUAGUUGCGCAACAGUACCUCAGAGAUUAUCAGACAUUUGUUGGCACGGCUCGCUAUUGGACGGAAACUUUUGCCAAGACAUCAUCUCUAGGGGUGGAGGAAAAGGUCCAGAGACUCGUGGAAAUGGGUUUUCCUGAAGGACAGGUUAGGAGCAUCCUGGAAGUUGUUGGGGGUGAUGAAAAUCUGGCACUGGAAAAGCUUUGCUCUGGCUAAGGAUAUGGAGCAGAUGCCAAUUGUUUUGGCACCUAUUUAGCACCUUGAAAAUGAUGUAAGACACAAACGGUUGAUCUGAAUAUAAGGUUUUCUAAUUUAGUCUAGUGAUAACUGGUGUCACUUUCACAGUGUCUUCUAUAUUCUUCUGAAUAUCGUCUCUUCUGAUGCCAUUAAAUGCACAGCUAAUUGUCCAUCAA